AUGAUUUCUUUUCUCAGGAUGAUUUUCACCGCCGCCGAUUGCACCGCCUUGGCUGGCCUUUGGUCUUACUGGUUCCCGGAUAUCAACCCCGGCGUCUGGGUAGCCUGCACAUUAGGAGUCGUUUUCGUUCUCAACUGCCUUGCGGUCAAGUACUUUGGUGAGGUAGAGUUCUAUGCUUCAAUCUUCAAGAUCUUCCUGAUCUUUGGUUUUCUGCUGUUCACCUUCGUCGUUGUCCUCGGCGGCAAUCCUAAACACGACCGCAUCGGCUUUAGAUACUGGAGAGACCCUGGGGCUUUCAACGAGACAUACGCAACGGGAACCACAGGCCGAUUCUUAUCCAUCUGGGGGGUCUUCAACACGGCGGCUUUUGCCAUCGGCGGCCCUGACUUCAUUGCCAACUGCGCAUCGGAGGCCGUCAACCCGCGCCGCAAUAUCCCCAAAGCUGUCAGGCGUGUUAUCUAUCGGUUGAUCUUCUUCUUUAUUCUCUCAGUCUUCGCAGUUGGGCUGCUAGUACCGUACAAUGACCCCACCAUGCCCUACUCCAACUACUUCGCCAUCUUCUGGGUCGGCAUUAUCCUGCUUACGAAUGGCCAUGGCAAGUCGAGACCGGACAACCUCUAG